AUCUUUGUAGAUUUUUUUUUGAGGGGAGAGGAAGAUAUAUUCCUGUGAUCGAAAAGAUCAUACGACCGUACAAGGUCAAACUAGGAGAUCCGAAAAUCACCCAUUACAUUCAAUGCUCAAGUAGUGCACUGACUGCACAUUAAAAUGACUACUAGCCUAGACUACUCCGCCUUGAUCAAUAAGAAGCUACAACACCAAAGAAUUGUAACAACCCAAAGAAACAAGGUAUACAGGGCCAAGGCCCACUGCACCCAUCAGUAAAGAUGGAGCUUUAUUACACAAAAUAAAAACAGACAAAAAAAUAAAAUUGGGCCCAAAGCAAAGCCCAGACCCAAGAGCACUCAAACCCUAGCCCAACUCCAAGUUGCAGCAGCCACCACGCCUCCACCACGUUGAUGAGACCCUAGCCACCGCCACGAGUAGACGUCGGACGACCAUCCACCCCGCCAUCAGCGCCAGCACGCCGACAAGAAGCACCACCUCCCCCAAACACCUCCUCCCCGCAUGGUUCCAAAGCACCCAUACCAGAUCGGAAAACGCCGAUCCAAAACGAGCCCGUCGAAACCCCACCUCACGUUUUCCUGCCAGUCGCCGCCGUCGAUCAAGGGAAGAGAACGCCGAAACCACCAGUCUGCCACCGCUAGAGCCUCCCAACGAUCAGAAGAUGCAGACCCACCACAGGCUUGCAAGCUUGUCAAGGUCCAAGCCACGCCGCCGCAGCACAGUCGGAGAACGACCAUCAAAACAUCCCCGCCCGGCCGCACUCACCGUUUACCGACAAGGCUAAUAGCCUGGUGCGGCACGGGAGCCGCCGGACGAGAACCUCCAAACUUUCAGAAGAAAACCUAGCCGCCCUCUUCGAGAGAGAGAGAGAGAACCGGCACUUUUUUCCAAAUCUUUGUAGAUUAGCGGGGAAUGAUCUCAACUUAAUCUAUAAUUAUAAAAAGCUAAUUUACAGCUAUAUAUCGAAUUAGUCUGUCAAUGUACAUACUUUUCAAAAUAUAAACAAUACAGUGAGCCGGUGAGGUACACUAACGUCCAAGUGCUAGACAAUCAAUCCUUGUGAUCCGUACAAUCUCGAUCAAAUCUUUGGAGGGACUAUACCAAAUGCACCGCAUCUGUGUACUCUUCGGUUCGGUUGGAAAAGAAAGAAAGAAAGAAAGAAAGCAAGACACACACAAAAAACAACACGCUACACUGCAUAGACAGUCUGAUCAUAUUUUAUAAACCUCAGUCACUUGUGUGCUGCAACUGUAGUAUUUGCGCAAAAAGAAAGAAUAAAUCUUUAUUGAGGAAAAGAUGAGAGAGAAACACCCAUUUGGGAAAGGAAGGAAGGAAGGAAGAGAGAGAUGAAAGAAGCGAGGGAAAGUGGGGGUGUGGAAUUAGCAGAAAAGGAGGAAAAUUUGAGAGAAAAGUUGGCAAGGAGGAGGAUUAGAAAAAGCAUCAGAGGUGGCCCAACCACUCCAGUGUUGUCCUCAUGGAGUCUCUACCCUUUAGGCCAGGAACAACAACCCAUCAUUAAAGACGCUCCCUUAACUACUAAUCACACUGGUGCCUCAGCUAGAAAGCUAGGAGCUGCUCUUUGGGAGUUUCAGAACUACUUCCCACUCUCAAAGAUGCACAGAGGCAAUCACAGCAAUGGUGGUGGUGGUGCUCCUCCACCGCCGCCUAGGCAGCGCCACCACCUUCAUCUCCACCACCACCUCAACAAGGACAAGGGCACUCUUGACCUUUCCAACUUUUUGGCUGAUAAUUGUCCCAGUUCUCCUGAACAGCCAGCAAGUGCAAGCAGUUUAACGAGGCAUAUUGCUGCGUCAUUGAUGCAACAUCACCGAUCAAUUGGAAGGAACAAUCACCUUUUACAACCUGUAUCUCCUGCAAGCUAUGGUAGUUCUAUGGAGGUGGCGCCUUAUAACCCUGCAGUUACUCCCACCAGUUCUUUAGACUUUAAGGGAAGGAUUGGCGAGUCACAUUAUAAUCUUAAAACAUCUACAGAACUGCUAAAGGUCUUGAACCGGAUUUGGAGUUUGGAGGAGCAGCAUACGUCUAAUAUAGCACUGAUAAAAGCACUGAAGGCUGAGUUGGAUCAUGCCCGUGUCAAGAUCAAAGAUUUGGUUAGGGUACGGCAAGCUGAUAGACAUGAGCUAGACAAUUUGAUGAAGCAAAUUGGAGAAGAUAAACUAGUUAGGAAGAGCAAAGAACAGGAUCGGAUACAUGCUGCAGUUCAGUCUGUGAGGGAUGAACUAGAAGAUGAGAGAAGGUUAAGAAAACGAUCAGAAAGCCUACACAGGAAGUUAGCACGAGACCUCUCUGAGGUGAAAUCUUCUCUUUCCAAUUCCCUGAGAGAGCUUGAAAGUGAGAGGAAAUCGAGGAAGUUGUUGGAAGACCUAUGCGAUGAAUUUGCUAAAGGCAUUAAAGACUAUGAACAAGAGGUGCACUUUUUGAAACAGAAAUCUGACAAGGAUUGGACUGGAAGCUCCGACCGUGAUCGAUUGAUUCUCCAUGUAUCUGAAUCAUGGCUGGAUGAACGGAUACAGAUGCAGCUAGAACAAACCGAGUGUGGUCUUCCCGAAAAGAACUCAAUAGUGGACAAACUAAGCCUUGAAAUAGAGACCUUCCUUCGAGCUAAACACAUGAACAACACUCUUAAGAAUGCCGAAAGUAUGUUGCCAAGGGAUCGUCGAAAGAAUUCACUGGAAUCUGUUCCGCUUAAUGAGGCUGUGAGUGCACCUCAAGAUGCAGGUGAUGAAGAAGAUUCUUUAGGCAGUGACUCGCAUUGUUUCGAGCUCAAUAAACCGAGCAACAGUGACUUCAAAUUGCAAGUGGAGGAGGAAGAUGUAGAGAAUGGUAUUGAUGAAAAGGUAAAAUCAGAGCACUCAAAGAAAAAACCUGCCUCUUCUGAAAGAGUAAGAAGCCGUACUCCGUCCAGCUUGCAAGUUAAGUUUGAAGAACAGAUGGCUUGGGCCUUGUCAUGUAGUGAAAAUAAGAAAUCCCAAGUGGUAAAUGCAGAGCAGGGGAAAACUGAAGAAGUGAAGCAAACUGAAACAAGCAUGUCUCAAAAAUCUGAACAUUGUGAAGCCACAGAAGAUGAAACUUACAGAAAGGGAAAUAAACAAGAUGAAAGACAUGGUUCUAAUCCGAAUUACAUGGCUGAAAACCAUUUAAGAAAUCAACUUUUGAUAUCAGAUGGUGGGCUUGUACAUCCUGAAAAUAAUUUGAAUGAGGCUUCUUGCAGUAAUACUGGAUGGAGGAAUCAGGCAAGUCCAGUUCGACAGUGGAUGGCAAGACUAACCUCUCCAACUCUUGACAUAUCAGAGUCUUCUUCCAAGUUGCCUCUGCGGAAAAAGAAAAAUACCUUGAAGGCAAAGCUUCUUGAAGCAAGGUCUAAAGGACAACGGUCAACACGAACAAAAGCUUUCAAAAGUACCUCUUAAGCUUCUUCGAAUCUGUUAGCAUUAAUUCUACUCUGAAAGGGCCCUGCUGGUUGGUGAUUGGUGCUUAUCGUGAAUAUUGCCAUGGUACUCUGAAUCUCUGUCUCUCUGGUGAGUUUAAAAGAGAAGCUGUAAUCUGUAUAUCAGUGUAAUAUUAUAUAUUGCUUCAAAGCCUACAGAAAUCAUAAGAAGUUGAAGACCAACAAUUUUGGGUUAUGAUUUCUGGGAUGUACAUGAGAAUUCACUCAACUCAGGUCCCACAUAUAUUUGUGACAACCUUAAAGUGGA